CCCUGAGUAAUGCCAAUGGAGUGGAGACUUCCAACUGCGGCCAGGAGGAAGCCAAGCCAGUGCCCACUACGCCGUGGGUCCGUGGCGAUGUGUAAACAAGGCGCUCCUCCUCUGCCGCUGCCGAUGCUCGCCGGCCGCUAUACCAUCAUCAUCCUUGUCUUCGCUUUCCUGCUGCCGGCGCCCCUGGCCGUGGAGAUCCCGCCUUCUGAUUGCGACGGCAACAAGUACGCGGCCAACAGCACGUUCCAGGCGAACCUGAACCUUCUCGCGGCAGCGCUCCCCGUCAACGCCUCCGUCUCGCCGGCGGGCUUCGCAACCCUUGGCUUUGGCACGGCGCCCGCCCAGGCCAACGGUCUGGCGCUUUGCCGCGGCGACACCAACGCGUCCACCUGCGCCGCCUGUGUCGCGGCGGCGUUCCAGGACGCGCAGCAGCUCUGCCCGCUGUACAUGGGCGCCACCGUGUACCGUGGCGCCUGCGUCCUCCGCUUCGCCAACUGGCAGUUCCUCGAUUUCCUCAAAGAGGGCCAGUGGCUUGUGUCGGAAUUCUUUCCUUCGAUUGGUACGUCCUUGGAGAGCGUCAACGCCUCGGAUGCCUGGUUCAGCGCCGCCGUCACGGGGAUCUUCAGGGCUCUAGUCGACCGCGCGGUGGCGACGAGCAACGCGACGAGGAAGUACUUCGCCACGGGCGAGAUGGACUUCGACCCCAAGCUCUACGGACUUGCGCAGUGCGUGCCGGAUCUCACGCUGGCGCAGUGCCGGGAGUGCCUCCAGGACCUCGUGACGAUAGUGACGACGCAGUAUUUGAGCGGGCGGCCGCCCUCGAUUAACGCUUUCGUGGUGUGGUGCUCCCUGAUAUACAGCGUGUCGCCGGUCUACGACGGCCGGGCGAUGUUGCAGCUUGCCGCGCCGCCGGUACCACCACCGUCGGCCACCUUCACGUCCCCCUCUUCAGGGAAGAAAAGAAGUGCAGCUGGAAUCUCUGCAGGCGUAGCCUGUUCCAUUGCGUUCAUGUUGAUUAUUUCAGUUAUUUGUUUCCUUCGAUUCCAGAGGAGAAUUAACUCGACAGAGAACGAUCACCCACUGAAGAAGAUAGGGAGAGCACAAUGCACGAUCUUUGAUUUGCCAACAUUGCUAGAGGCCACUGAACACUUCUCAGAGAAUAAUAAGCUAGGAGAAGGUGGUUUUGGUACAGUAUACAAGGGGAUCCUCUCUGAUGGGCAGGAGAUAGCAGUCAAGACGCUCUUAGGAAGAACCAGGGAAGGGUUGCAACAACUACACAAUGAAGUGCUGGUACUGGCAGAGCUUCAGCACAAGAACCUUGUUAGGUUACAUGGGUUUUGCUUGCAUCAGAGUGACACACUGCUGGUUUAUGAAUACAUCAAGAAUGGGAGCCUCGACAACUUUCUAUUUGAUGAUAGCAACGGAAAUGCACUUAAUUGGGAACAACAGUACAACAUCAUCAUUGGAAUUGCCAAGGGGAUAUUGUACCUCCAUGAGGACUCGAGCAUGAGGAUCAUCCACCGGGACCUGAAGGCAAAUAACAUUCUUCUGGAUGACAACAUGGAGCCCAAAAUUGCAGAUUUUGGGUUGGCAAGGCUUAUUGGAGAAGGCCACACUCACACUCAGACAGCCAGAGUUGUCGGAACAUUCGGCUAUAUGGCGCCAGAGUAUGCAAUGCAAGGUAGUGUGUCACCCAAGAUUGAUGUCUUCAGCUUCGGUGUGUUGGUCCUUGAAAUUGUGACCAGGAGAAGCAACUGCAGUUCUGAUGACCACAGCACUGUCAAUCUCCUUAGUGAUGUCUGGGAUCACUGGUCCAAAGGGACGAUGUUGCAAAUGCUUCACCCAUCGCUGGAUGAGGUUGCUCAAAGCCAGGCGCUACGAUGCAUCCACAUCGGUCUGCUGUGCGUCCAGUCGAAACCUGAGGACAGGCCUGACAUAUCAGUCGUGGUAUUCAUGUUAACCAGGGAUAGUAUGGGGCUCCAGCUGCCGUCGCAGCCUGCAUUCUUCUUUGGUAGAGAAUCACCUUUAGCUUUAGGGUCAGAUGCUCGAAGCAGCUAUACAUACGACCGGUCUGGUUUCAUAUUGGAACAGGGUUUAUCUGUGAAUGAGGUUACACUCAGUGAACUGUAUCCUAGAUAGAAUCUACAUUUUAAAAUGUAUGGCUGGCCCGUCCGACCGAAAAAUUAGAUCUAACUUGUCCAGCAAAAUAGUCAUGGACGGGACUUUUUUGACCGAAAUAAAUGUGCUUUUUUCAGCUCA